UCUGUUUGUAUUUGUGUGCUGUAAACAACACCUGUUGGUCAUUCUAUCUUCUGUUAGUGAUUGAUAUUGUGAUUGUAACGUGAAAAAAUAGUAGUGGAAAGAACUUGAAAACUUUAUAAGUGCUAAGGUGGGGAAUGAUGGGAGGGGGCAAAUACCAGUUGUCAUGUAGCUGUUGUCCUUACGGUUACCAUAUUGACUUGGACUUUGUACGCUUUUGUGAAGCGCUCUCACUGAAUAGUGGUAGACGAGCCAAUGAAGAUGCUUACGACAUCAGCGAAGAAAGGAGAAAUGAACGGCGACUUCGACGCGAGAGGAGACUGCGAAGACAAUCGAUGGAAGUCCUGCUUGGCAUUGCUCCUAUGCAAGUAGAGAAGAGCGAGCCAAUCAGUGAGGAGCCAAUCAGUGAGGAGCCGCUGUUGAGAACUAUAGCUUCAAUUCAAGUAGGAGAUGCUCUGCAGAAAGCAGUGGUUGAUUUUGAAGAGACCCUACAACGAUCCUCCAGGCCAUCGGCGUUUGCUUCUUAUUCGCUAUCCACUGGACUUGAAGAGCCCUUCCUGGCUGCAUGCGAUGUAUUUGCACAGUACCAACACCAAGAUGAUGUCGCUAGUCCCAGUGCUCAGGCUUUACAGAAUAUUAGAGAGCAAAUGGCCGUAAGCCUUGCGAAGAUGAAGGACCUUGAAGAACAGGUCAAGCUUAUUCCAGUCCUCCAGGUUCAACUAUCUGUUUUGAAAGAAGAAAAACGUCAGAUGCUACUGCACCUUAAUAAUGCAGAAUCUACUAAAUUGAAAGAAGACAAAAUUAUUAAAUCAGAUGGCGUUGGCGUUGUUGUUAGAGAUGUUGGCGUGAUGUGUGGCGCUGUGAUGAGAGAUGUUGGUAUCUCACAUAGUUUUCCAAAAUUAAGGAGCUUUGGUACACAAAUGAGUUCAGUCAGUUCGCCUGAUGUUGUCAACUACGUAGACCAAAAGAAGGAAACUAAAGAAAACACAGCAUCCACUGAGUUGAGAAUGAAUCAAGUCUAUUCUGAAAACGAACUCGACCAUAAUAUUGCUAAAGCAAUAAAACUCUACGAAGAAACUUUCCGGCAUCAUUUGUCACCAAAGAAAAAUGAUUAUACCAACUUUAAAAGCACAGCGUCGCAGGUGAAUUUGAUAAAUGAAUCUGUUCUAAAAAUAAUUGAGAAGAAGGACUCUGGGACUCAAGUUUCGCCUAGCAAACGGUCCAAAGAUGUCGGCUCAAUAGCAAAACCGAAAACAAGUGAUAUUGGAAUCAACUCUAUUGUCAGGGUAAGACAUUUUGGCUCUUCGGACAACAGAAUUGAUCAAAGUGUUUGUGAUAAAUGUUCGAUCAAAAGUCACAGUAUUGGUGUUGGUACAUCACCUAAUGAUUUCGUACCAUUAUCGCUCAACUCUCUAAAUAUAACAAGAAGUAAAUCGUUUGACCUAACUGGAAAAUCUAUCGCGAUUCUGAAAAAGAAAAUUGCGACUAGGUCAAUUGCAUGUAGUACUCAUAACCCGGUAACUUUAAAUAGAAGCACAGACACAUCCGAAUAUUCCAAGCAAAAUAUGAAAGAUAUUGGCGUCAAUACAGUGAAAAGAAAGUUGGUUGAUGCAGCCGUUGGUGAAUCUAGUUAUUUGUGUGAUAAUAAAACCAGUUGUUAUGAUUAUGAAGAUUGCAGUGCGACUGUGAAACAUUCGUCUCGAAACAGCUCUCAAACUCAAAUAAAACAUGAACAAACAACGACGCCAACUGUAUCAAGAAUUCCAAGACCUACAACUCUGGCUAUUUCUAAUAAUGUGACGUCAACAAUGAUAAACAACAUGAAAUUUAUGCGCCAACAAACAUACUCAAAAGAAAUGGGUAGCAUUACUUCUAUCCACGAUCCUCCUGGGUCACCAAAAACAACCAGAGCUGUUUUUCAAAGAUUGAAACCCGACAAUUUGGAAAGUUCUGUAAGAAUAUCAACCAGCAGUAUCUACGAUGACGUGUCUGAAGAUGAUAAUAGAUCCCAAGUACAUGAUUCAACAGCCUCUGAAGCGGCUCUCUUCCAGCCUAUACAAAAUAAUACUAGACAAAAGGCUGAACCUAGUAGAGAAAUGAAAGCAGCUUUAAAAGUUCUCAACGAUUCAUUGCAGAAAUCUACCAUCGGCAGUCUUCCUCAUAGCUUGAAAAAUGCAAACAAUAUUGUUCAAAAGGAGUGGUUCAGGGUAAGACCAACCAACAUAAAUACUUAUUUUUUCACUAUGUCCAUCUACAAUAUAUUGGAUUUUAAUUUAUUGUUUCAUUGUUCCAAUGUAGCCCAGGGAAAGAAUGGUAAUACAGCACUACACUAUGCACUAUCGCACGGCAACUUGGACGUAGUGUCAAUCCUGCUGGACUCGAAGGUGUGCCGACUGAACCAACCGAACGCAGCCGGCUACACGUGCGUGAUGCUAGUGACGUUGGCCGCGGUAGUGGGUGACACGCAACGAGAAGUGGUGCGACGCCUACUGCAGUCAGCUGAUGUGAACGUGAAGGCACGGCAGCACGGCCAGACUGCUCUGAUGUUGGCCGUUUCGCAUGGCCGACUCGAGACCGUACAACUGCUUCUGCAGGCUGGUGCCGAUGUCAACAUCCAGGAUGACGAUGGUAGCACAGCCCUCAUGUGUGCUGCUGAACAUGGCCACAUUGACAUUGUCAAGCUGCUCAUCAACCAGCCUGACUGUGAUUUAACCAUCUCUGACUCGGAUGGCAGUACAGCGUUGAAUAUUGCAAUGGAAGCGGGCAACUUGGACAUUGGAGUGUUACUCUAUGCUCAAGAGCACUUCUCGCCCUCGCGACAGAAAAGAACAAAGAGUGUUACGCCUACUCCAACCUCCACACCAACUCUUCUUGGCAAAAGUACUCCUACAAGGCACUUUCACGAUUACUCAUUCGAUUAGAAUAAAAUGGUUGUGCAUCAUAAAUACUGUUGAAAAUUUACUCUGAGAAUGCCUAAAUCAUGAAAUUAGUUGUCCUACCUUGUUCUGUUGCUGUCAAUCCAGUCGUUUGCAAAGUAUUGGCUCAAAGAUAUCUUAUCAUAUCAAAUAAUUCCAAUUCUAAUUUAUGAAUAUCAUUGUUAUUCUAGAGUUCAAUUUAUCGUGUGGAAUAAUGACGAAGAUACAUCAACCCCCAGU